AUGACCUUCAACGGCACCGUCUCCAGGCCGACCAUCAUCGCCGACUGGGGCGACGAUGUCACCAUCCAUGUGACCAACAACAUGGCGUCCAACGGCACGAGCAUCCACUGGCACGUGGCCAGGCUGGGCGCAGCGCCCGUCAUGCAGAACGGCCUGAUCAACGGCACCAACUCGUACAACUGCACCGGCGAGAGCGACGUCAGGUGCUACCUGUUCCGGCUCAUCAACGUUGCCGUCGACGGCGUGUUCGAGUUCAGCAUCGACGGGCACGGCCUGCAGGUAGUGGACCACGAUCUCGUGCCCAUCGUGCCCUACAAGACCGACAGCGUCCAGCUGACCAUCGGGCAGCGGUACGACGUGAUCAGCGAGGCCAACGCGGAGCCGGGAAGCUACUGGCUGCGGUCCGGCUGGAACACAGACUCACCGCCGACCGAGUCGGAGAGCACCGUCACACUGUCGGAUUCUUGCCUCGACGAGCCGCCGGCCAAGACCGUGCCCCAUCUCUCACUGGACGUAACCAACAUGUGCGGAGGCGUGGUGUACGAGAACAUGAACUCCACGCUCGCCAUCGCCUUCCGCCUGGACAGCCCGGGCGCCUGGCUCGUCCACUGCCACAUCGUCUGGCACGCCAGCCAGGCCCUGGCGCUCGAGUUCGUCGAGAGCCAGUCGCGCAUCCCGCCAGACGACCGCAGUACCUGGAUGUACCGCAAGACGUGCGACUCCUGGGUGGCCUGGACGCCCAUCUGGGACCAGGAGGAAUCUGGGAUAUGA